AAAAACCAAAUAUUUAAUACUAUUAAGAGGGGUUUGUUUUUUUGUCAGUAUGCAUAUGAUUUACGCACACAACCCUGCCUAGCUUUCGUUGAGCUAUUUUGGCUCUUCUACCAUUUUUCCUUAUCAAAAUUCCCCCACAAGCAAUCAAUCCUCAAUCAACAUCGUUCACUUUACCAUCCUCAAAUUGGCACCAGCUGUUUUUAAUAAUUAUCACUAAUUUUAGCCUAACAAUUUCCAAAAAUAAGAUCGUUUUCAUCCCCCUGCUUAAAGAGGGAAUCUUUGUCAGCCCAGUGGUUCGUCUCUGUGGGAAGAGUGUUUUUCAAGAAUUGGCAGGCUGUCUUUUUUUCUGGGAAAGUUUGAUUUUUUUUUUCAUAAUAAGUGAGAAAAAGAAAUGGCUAUGGUGGCACAACAUCACAGAGAGAGCAAUAGCGGGAGUCUAAAUAAGCAUCUUGAUGCCGCCGGAAAAUAUGUGCGGUACACGGCUGAGCAGGUGGAGGCUCUGGAGAGGGUUUACACGGAGUGCCCCAAGCCCAGCUCACUGCGCCGCCAGCAGCUGAUCCGUGAAUGCCCUAUUCUUUCAAAUGUCGAGCCUAAACAGAUCAAAGUCUGGUUUCAAAACCGAAGGUGUCGAGAGAAGCAAAGAAAAGAAUCUAGCAGACUGCAGAGUGUGAACCGAAAACUGACUGCCAUGAACAAGCUGUUGAUGGAGGAAAAUGAUCGCCUUCAGAAGCAAGUGUCCCAACUGGUUUGUGAAAACGGGUUCAUGCGGCAACAAGCACCUGGGGCUGAUGCAAGUUGCGAAUCGGCAGUCACGACUCCUCAGCAUUCACUUAGGGACGCUAAUAAUCCUGCUGGACUCCUCUCAAUUGCAGAGGAUACGUUGGCCGAGUUCCUUUCAAAGGCUACAGGAACUGCUGUCGAUUGGGUCCAGAUGCCUGGGAUGAAGCCUGGUCCGGGUUCGGUUGGGAUCUUUGCCAUCUCACAUAGUAGUUCCGGAGUGGCCGCUCGAGCCUGUGGUCUUGUAAGUUUAGAACCUACAAAGAUUGUUGAGAUCCUUAAAGAUCGUCCGUCUUGGUUCCGGGACUGCCGGAGCCUCGAGGUUUUCACCAUGUUUCCUGCUGGAAAUGGAGGAACUAUUGAACUUUUGUAUACACAGGCAUAUGCUGCAACCACUUUGGCUCCCGCACGAGACUUUUGGACUCUCAGAUACACCACUACCUUAGAAAAUGGCAGUCUUGUGGUAUGUGAGAGGUCACUUUCUGGUACGGGAGCUGGCCCAAGUGCAGCUGCAGCUUCUCAGUUUGUGAGAGGCGAAGUACUUCCAUCAGGAUAUUUGGUCAGGCCGUGUGAAGGGGGAGGAUCUAUUAUUCACAUUGUUGACCAUCUUAACCUUGAGCCUUGGAGUGUGCCUGAGGUGCUGAGGCCACUCUAUGAAUCUUCGAAAGUUUUGGCACAGAGGACGACUAUUGCUGCACUUAAAUAUAUAAGGCAGAUAGCCCAAGAGACGAGUGGCGAAGUUGUAUAUAGUCUAGGCAGGCAACCUGCCGUCCUACGCACUUUCAGCCAGAGGUUGAGCAGAGGCUUUAAUGAUGCUCUUAAUGGGUUCCAUGAUGAUGGGUGGUCAUUGCUGAACUGUGAUGAUGGUGGAGAGGAUGUAAUAGUUGCCGUUAAUUCGGUUAAACAAAUGACAGGUGGUUCGGUUAAUCUUUCUAUGUUUGGAGGCGUGCUCUGUGCUAAAGCAUCCAUGCUCCUUCAGAUGCUUGAAGUUAUCCGGUUGGAAGGACAUUCGGUCAGCCACGAGGAUGCUUUUAUGUCUAGGGACAUUCAUCUUCUGCAGAUGUGCAGAGGUAUUGAUGAGAAUGCCGUGGGGGAGUGCUCUGAGCUUGUUUUUGCGCCAAUUGACGAGAUGUUUCCGGAUGAUGCUCAUUUGCUUCCUUCUGGUUUUCGCGUUAUUCCCCUCGAUUCAAAACCAGGUGACUUACAGGACCCAUCCACUUCUCACAAAACACUAGAUUUGGCAUCGAGCCUUGAAGUGGGCCCCACAACUAGCAAUAGUGCAAAAAACACUGCAGCAUCAUCAUCAUCGUCGUCUUACAGUCCGCGCGCAAUAUUGACCAUUGUCUUCCAAUUCCCGUUCGAGAGCAAUUUGCAAGACAACGUGGCCUCCAUGGCUCGCCAGUAUGUUCGUAGUGUAAUUUCGUCUGUACAGAGAGUGGCCAUGGCUAUAUCUCCUUCUGGAUUGAGCCCUGCAGCUGAUCCUAAACUUUCUCCACCUUCCCCUGAAGCCUUGACACUCGCGCAUUGGAUUUGCCAAAGCUAUAGCUAUCAUUCGGGUGCCGACUUGCUAGGGGCCGAGUCCACAAGUGGGGAAGGAUUACUGAAAUCACUGUGGCACCAUCAAGAUGCCAUCUUAUGCUGCUCGUUGAAGGCUGUGCCAGUAUUUUCGUUUGCAAAUCAGGCUGGACUUGAUAUGCUCGAGACGACUCUUGUUGCACUGCAAGACAUCACUUUGGAUAAGAUAUUCGAUGAUUCUGGACGAAAGGCUUUGUUUUCCGAGUUGCCCAAGAUCAUGCAGCAGGGCUUUGCUCGCUUGCCAGGUGGCAUCUGCGUGUCGACAAUGGGCCGGCACAUUUCGUACGAUCAAGCCAUUGUCUGGAAAGUUUUUGGGGCAGAUGAAAACACGGCCCAUUGCCUAGCCUUCUCCUUUGUGAAUUGGUCCUUUGUGUGAUUCUUGUAGUAACAAAAGAAACCACCAUAAUUGGUCUUUGAAAUCCCCCUCAUAUUGACGAGUUCAGUUUGGUGUACAUGGAAAGUCAAUAUGAGGGACAUCAGUUAUGGAGAAAUAUAAUUUUUUUUUUUUUUUUUU